AUGGCCAUGUCGUCGUUCGCCGGCGUAUCCGUCGUCGAAGGCGGCGGCAGUCCGCCGCAAUAUGCCUCGGCCACCACGGCCGUCAUUUACAGCGGGUACCACCUGCUAGUUGUCAAUGGAUACUCGCGCAUCAAGGACCGCCCCAAUGGCGAGCGCAUUGCAUCUCGCCGUUUCAGAGUCGGAGGCUACCGCUGGGUCAUCGAGUGCUGCCCCAAUGGCUACGAACCAGACCAUGACGGCGACAUAUUCUUUUAUCUCGUCCUUGAUCAAGGUAAUGUUCUCGAUCCUGUGGUGGUGCAGUAUGAGUUCAGCUUCGUCGUUGAUAAGGCUCAGAACAGCGACUCGUCAUCGCUCACUGGUGCGAAGGAAACUUGUACAUUCUGUAGUCGUAGUGUUGCCUUUGCCUGUAGUUUCCCCUGUUCAACGAAGAAGAAAAUCUUUGAGAAGUCAAAAUAUAUCAAGAAUGACAGUUUCACCUUGCGGUGUGACAUCAUCAUCAACAAGGUCGUUAGCAUCACGGAUGCCGAUGCAGCUGUUCCGGCCAAUUCUGUGCUUCUGGUACCUGAUAUUCAACAGGAUAUCGCUGGCCUAUUUCAGUCCGGCCUCGUGGGCGCCGAUGUGACGUUUCAGGUCGGCAGUGCGAAGUUCGCCGCACACCGGUGCGUGCUUGCAGCCCGGUCCGCGGUCUUCAAGGCUCAGCUCUUUGGGCCCAUGAAGGAAGGAACAACUACCAGUGUCAUACAUGUGAGCGACAUGGAGGAACAGGUAUUCAAGCUUUUACUUUACUUCAUCUACAGUAAUUCAGUGCCGGAGAUGGAAACGGAGGAAGGAGACGUUAUGUGGCAGCACUUGCUUGUAGCGGCAGAUAGAUAUGAUCUCCCGAGGUUGAGGCUGAUCUGUGAAAAAGAGCUGUGUGACAACUGCAUCAGCACGAGCACAGUCGCGAACAUCCUCGCGCUAGCUGAGCAGCACCGUUGCCGAGGGUUGAAGCAGGCGUGCCUGGAUUUCCUCAACUCUCCUGCCAAUUUACAGGAGGUAAUGGUGGUCGACGGCUUGGACCAUUUGAUUAGCAGCUGGCCCUCUGUUCUGAAAGAGCUCAUUGCCAAGCUUGCAUCUCUGAAUUUUGAUGUCGACACUGGAGACUAUGGUGAAUCUGCUCCACCGUUGCUUGAGGUACCAGAAUCUGAUUUGCACCAACAUCUGUCUAGUCUCCUCCAAUCCGAGGAGAGAACGGAUGUGACAUUUGAGGUCGGCGGCGAGACCUUCUCUGCACACAAGCGUGUGCUCGCUGCCAGAUCUGCAGUCUUCAGGGCUGACCUUUUUGGCCCGAUAAAGGAUACAAACACAGACGGGGUCAUAAGCAUACAUGACAUGGAAUCAAAAGUAUUCAAGUUACUGCUCACCUUCAUUUACGAUGAUUCUUGGCCACACAUGAAGGAAGAGAAAACUGAGGACAAUGCUGAUGCUGAUGUUAUGUGGCAGCAGUUGCUUGUGGCAGCAGAUAGAUAUGGCCUCGAGAGGCUGAAGCUGAUGUGCGAAACGAUGCUGUGCAGAUACAUCAACGCGACCACUGUGGCUGCCAUCCUUGCGCUAGCUGAGGAGCACCAUUGCCGAGAGCUGAAGGAGGACUGCUUGGAUUUCCUUGACUCCCCUGCUCAUCUGCAGGACGUGAUGGCGGCGGGCGGCUUGGAACAGCUGAGAAGCAGCUGCCCUUCUGUCCUGAUAGAUCGCAUUGCCAAGCUUGCGUCACUUAAGUAUGAUAACUGA